GUUGGCUUGUUUCAGGCUGCUGUUUGCGGUUUGGGACGCGACCGCAAGCUUAAUGUUAUCAAACAGGCUGGUUUCACGAGGAAAUAUAGAAAUCUAACUCGGCUUCAUUUGAAAGUAAACGAAUCCGUUAACGGGAUUUUAAUUUUUAUUUUAAUUCAAACGUCACCGGAGUCGCUCGAGCGCAGCCGUUUGCGUUCUGGACGUCCAUCCGGUCGUGCACGCGCACACUCCGGGAACGCGCACGAGAGGAGGAAAUUGGUAUCCAUGGAAACGCAGAGCGGAGAAAAGGCGUAGCAAGGAAAGCUAAUGACGGUUUAAACACUCCGUGUAACCGGAACUCCACCCGGCCAGUGCUGAAGAACCGGCUCGGUGAUGGUGUUGAUGCCGCUGAGCGACUUUUUCAAGCAAAAGGACCGAAGAUGACCGACAGAGCCGGGGGCAGUAGGACCGCGGGGGAGGACUCCGGAAUUAUCCGCCGGAGGAGGAUGCAGAAGGAUCUGCCAUUGCCACGGAAGAGCAGCGGCUGUCGCACCAGUAACAGAAAGAGUCUGAUUCUGACCAGUACGUCCCCGACCCUGCCACGCCCCCACUCACCUCUACCUGGACAUAUAGGAAGUAGUCCACUGGACAGUCCUCGUACCUUUUCACCCAGCGGCCCCGCCCACUUCUCUUUCACCCCUUCUAGAAGGGCUGAUGGACGCCGCUGGUCUCUGGCUUCAUUGCCGUCUUCUGGAUACGGCACCAACACACCCAGCUCCACGUCAUCGAGCUCGUCUCAAGAGCGUCUGCACCAGUUGCCCUUCCAGCCCACCAUGGAUGAGCUGCACUUCCUGUCCAAACACUUCGGCAGCACCGAGAGCAUGACGGACGACGACGGACGCAGGUCGCCACACGUACGGCCGCGCUCGAGGAGCCUCAGUCCGGGUCGCUCGCCCUCCUGCUACGACAAUGAAAUCGUCAUGAUGAACCAUGUGUAUAAGGAGAGAUUCCCAAAGGCCACGGCUCAGAUGGAGGAGCGCUUGGCAGAUUUUAUCCAGUCCUACUCUCCAGAGAACGUGCUCCCACUGGCCGACGGCGUCCUGAGCUUCAUCCAUCACCAGAUCGCCGAGCUGUCCCGGGACUGCUUGACCAAAUCGCGCGAGGGCCUCAUCACAACCGUCUACUUCUACGAACUGCAGGAGAACCUGGAGAAACUCCUGCACGAUGCGUACGAGCGAUCCGAGAGUUCCGAGCUGACCUUUGUCACAGAGCUGGUCAAGAAACUCCUCAUCAUUAUUUCUCGACCUGCCAGACUUCUGGAGUGUUUGGAGUUUAACCCAGAAGAGUUUUAUCACCUGCUGGAGGCAGCGGAGGAUCACGCUAAAGAGGGACAUCUAAUGAAGACGGACAUCCCACGCUACAUCAUCAGCCAGCUCGGUCUCACACGCGACCCACUGGAGGAAAUGGUGAACCUGGACAGCUACGACAGCGAGGGGCCACACACACCUGAGACUGACGACUCGGCAGAGGGAAAGAUGAAGGCCAUGAAGCCACCCUGUGAAUCAGACUUUCAGACCAUCAAGCUGAUUAGCAACGGAGCCUAUGGGGCAGUGUAUCUGGUGAGGCACAGAGAAACUCGGCAGCGUUUCGCCAUGAAGAAAAUCAACAAGCAGAACUUGAUCCUCAGGAACCAGAUCCAGCAGGCAUUUGUGGAGAGAGACAUCCUGACCUUUGCUGAGAACCCAUUCGUCGUCAGCAUGUUCUGCUCUUUUGAGACUCGCAGACACCUCUGCAUGGUCAUGGAGUACGUGGAAGGAGGAGACUGUGCCACCCUGCUGAAGAACAUCGGCGCACUGCCAGUGGAAAUGGCUCGGAUGUACUUUGCUGAGACCGUCCUGGCUCUGGAAUACAUCCACAACUACGGCAUCGUACACCGAGACCUCAAACCAGACAAUCUGUUGAUUACGUCUAUGGGACACAUUAAACUGACGGACUUCGGCCUCUCUAAGAUGGGUCUCAUGAGCCUCACCACAAACCUGUACGAGGGCCACAUCGAGAAGGACGCUCGUGAGUUCCUGGACAAACAGGUGUGUGGCACCCCGGAGUACAUCGCCCCGGAGGUGAUACUGCGGCAGGGUUACGGGAAGCCUGUGGACUGGUGGGCUAUGGGAAUCAUCCUCUACGAGUUCCUGGUAGGCUGUGUGCCUUUCUUCGGGGACACACCCGAGGAGCUGUUUGGCCAGGUGAUCUCAGAUGACAUUGCCUGGCCUGAAGGAGAUGAAGCGUUGCCUAGCGACGCCCAGAACCUGAUUUCCACCUUGUUGCAGACCAACCCACUGGUGCGAUUAGGGACAGGAGGCGCGUACGAGGUGAAGCAGCACUCGUUCUUCGCCGAGCUGGACUGGAACAGUCUGCUGAGGCAGAAGGCGGAGUUCAUCCCUCACCUGGAGUCUGAGGAAGACACCAGCUACUUUGACACCCGCUCGGAGCGCUAUCGGCACGUAAACUCGUACGACGAGGACGAUACGAACGACGACGAGCCGGUGGAGAUCAGACAGUUCUCCUCUUGUUCUCCACGCUUCAGCAAGGUGUACAGCAGCAUGGAGCACCUGUCUCAGCUGGAGCAGAAAGCGCCAGUGGUGACGCGGCGAGAGCAUAAGGGACGCCGCGAGGACAAAAUGGCGAAGCGAGAGAGCCUUGGCAGCUUCAGCAAGAGCUGGAGGACUGGCUCACCAGAGAUGAAGCGUCUGUCAUGCUCCGAGUCUCUGUGCAUGGAGGGAGAUUCCAGUCCUCCUCUAGGCGCCAGGCGACGUUUUUCCGCACUGAUGGACACACACCGCUUUGCCUCGCCUCUAGAGGGCGAUGGAGAGACGCAGCCUCAACAGAGUGGGGCUAAAAGCAGAGGGUCAUCAUUAGAGGGCACCACUGCACCCUCAUCACCCAGCGCUAAUGAACAAAGCACGUCUAUAAAGGAGGCACCAGGAGUGAGUGUGGGAGAUAAGCCAGCCAAACCCAGUGAAGUAUCAGCACCACAACCCAUUCCAUCAGCGACGACAGCAGCAGCAGUACCGGUUUUCCGGGACACUGUUGUCAUGGGUGACUCUCCCAGCCAACGGGCAACCAAUGAUCUGGUUCUAAGACGAGCGCGUCAACAGCAGCUCUCAGAUGGCGAGAAACGAACCACGCGUCCCGGCAACAAGGUCAUCAAAUCCGCAUCGGCUACAGCCCUGUCCGUCAUUAUUCCAGCAGUCGAGCAGCAUGCUAGCUCUCCUCUGGCCAGCCCAAUGUCCCCUCGCUCCGUCUCGUCCAACCCGUCGUCACGAGACUCGUCCCCAAGCCGAGACUAUGGCCCUGCGGUUAGUGUACUCCGCUCUCCCAUCACCAUCCAGCGCUCGGGCAAGAAGUAUGGCUUCACACUACGCGCCAUCCGUGUCUACAUGGGGGACAGUGAUGUCUAUAGUGUACACCACAUGAUCUGGCAUGUAGAAGAAGGUGGUCCAGCUCAGGACGCGGGGAUGUGUGCUGGUGACCUCAUCACACACGUCAACGGAGAAUCCGUGCAUGGAUUGGUCCAUACAGAAGUAGUGGAGCUCAUUCUUAAGAGCGGUAAUAAAGUGACUGUGACCACCACUCCUUUCGAGAACACAUCGAUCAAAGUGGGUCCUGCUCGCAGAUCCAGCUACAAAUCCAAGAUGGCUAGACGCAGCAAAAGAACAGUCAAAGAGGGACAGGAAAGUAAGAAGCGAAGCUCUCUGUUCCGCCAGAUAACCAAGCAGUCGAAUCUUCUACACACUAGCCGUAGUCUGUCAUCUUUAAACCGCUCGCUGUCCUCUAGUGAGAGUCUGCCGGGCUCUCCUACACACAGCCUGUCUGCCCGGUCACCCACUCAAAGUUACCGCUCCAGUCCUGACUCCUCUUACCUAGGUGCCUCUUCUCAGAGCAGCUCUCCAGCCUCCAGCACACCAAAUUCUCCUGCUGCCUCCCAGCACAUGCGUCCCAGCUCUCUCCAUGGCCUAUCCCCUAAAUUGCACCGACAGUACCGCUCAGCCCGUUGCAAAUCUGCUGGCAACAUCCCUCUCUCCCCUCUUGCGCAUACACCGUCCCCCAUUCAGUCUUCACCACCGUCGUUGUCAGGUCACACUGUUGGAAGUUCCAAUAUGACCCAGAGCUUCCCUGUCAAGCUUCACUCAUCUCCUCCUAUUACAAGGCCCAGGCCCAAGAGUGCCGAACCACCCCGGUCUCCACUUCUCAAGCGGGUGCAGUCGGCAGAGAAGCUUGGGUCACCUCUAUCCUCCUCUUCAUCUUCUGCAGACAAGAAAGGUGGAAUUGGGGCAAUGAGGAAGCACAGUCUGGAAGUUGGCCAUUCAGAUUAUCGUAAGGAGGGCUUCCAUUGUGAGCUGGGGCUCCAAAGCUUGUUGGAAACAGAAGGGGAGAAUCUGGCCUCGACUUCUGCUACAACCCCAUCACCUACCCAGCCCACAGUUCCAGCACCCCUGGAGACGGGUGUUUUGAAGCCAGUAAGGAAGUUAGGCAGGCAGGAAUCCCCACUGAGUAGAGAAGCUUUGCUUGCAGGAAGAGUGAAGGAAAAGGACAAUGGCAGGGUGAAGUCUGGUGAUUUAACCCAGGGAAGUGACAGUAGACUGGCAAUAGUCUUAGAGAAGUCACCCCCUGCUACUGAGGCUCAGCAGGAUACCAGGUGCAAGAAAGUCCCAGAUGAUAAGUCAAGUCACAUAAGAUCUCCAGUUGUUGAUGUAUCUCAGCGAUCACCAUCCACACCAAGAGAUGCUAGCAUAGCCAAACUUGAAACUAGUCAGCCUGUUAUGACCAAACCUUCACCCAUUGCACCAGAGCCGAAACCUAGUGUAGCUCCUUCCAUUCCAUCACCCCUGACCACUUUGUCCACUACUGCUACAAAAACCACAGAUCUUACCUUCCCGAAUGUUGGUGUAGGAGGCCCAAGUCAAAUUUGUGACACAAAAUCCCCAAGCAUGAUUGUCCAGUCUCAGCCACCAGGGCCUGCCAAAGCUCACCAGACUUCCAUCAGUGUUGUCAAGGACUUGCAAAGAAAAGAGCCUGAAAAGAAGGCAGAAAUAAAAGAAGUUAAGCAGGACACAGGAAAGACCAUCAGCGUUGUCAAAUCUGGUGUACCAUGCAGUGGCCCUGUAAAGGCAACUCCACUCCCUGACAAAAUGUCAGUCCCAGCAACAACCACAGAACCAUCCAGAGUUGUCAAGGGACCAUCAGAUGGAGACACUCCUAAAAAGUCAGGUACAGAGACCCAUGGUAGAACUCCAGAUAUGAGGGUGAGACCUCCAACCAAGGGGGUUGUUCCACCCUUCCCACCCCAGGUUCAGUCUCCUGCUCUGGGAAAGCUACGACAGGACAAGGGCCUUACUCCGGUCAACUGCUACCGAGGCACCUUGGACUGGGAAGACAAGUGUCUCUUGGAGGUUGUCGAGGAGCAUUCUCCUUCUCCUACGCCAUCCCCUACUGGAGCUACACCCAGCCUGUCAAAAUCACCUCUCCAACCCAUUGUUACUCAAUCCUUGUCUCCUGGUGACAAAAGUAGUUCAACAAGUGUGUCUAAAACUGGGCAAGAACCAACCAAAGGGUUAAUCCAGGAGGUGGCAAAGGGCAAGGAAGCUGAGGAAACCAAGGCACAAGGAAAGACUGACGUUUCAGGUGGGAGUAGCCCAAACUUAAAAGUAGCAACACCGAGCCCGACUGGCACAAUACCACAGAAAAAGAAUGAGAGCACGAAGAAUGGCUUGUGACAUUUCAGCACAGUUUGUGUUUGCCUUUAUUGGAGAUUUAGCAAUUAAACACAUCAGGACAUUCCAAGUGGUCAAGAUUAAGAUCAAGCAAGAGAAACGUAAAAGUUCUUCGAAUAAUGGUUUUAUUUAUUGUAUAUAAAAAGAUAGAUGUAUUACAGGUAUGUGUGUAGAGAAUGAUUGAGUGUUGCUUGAGUGGCAAGGUUAAAAAGAAAGUGCAAAGUGCUUUAACAGAUCAAAUGAUGCUGAAAACUGUGAAUGCCGAGUCAUUGCUUUAGCAAAAUGGUUAAAAAAAAAAAAGGUUUCUUCCUGAGACAUUCACUAAACAAACAACAUUGCAAGGACCUUAUUUGGUAUACGUACGAAAGAGAUAUUUCUCUUGAGUUUGAGUUCUCUGUGUGUGAUUAGCAUGCUAUUCAGUGAUUAUGCAGCUAGCGCUCAAACUGCCCAUGGCUUCUUUUUAAGGUAUGGAGGUGGAGGGAUAAGUAGGACCAAAAUAAGAUUUAAUUUCCUGUCAACCUGGAAACCAAUGGAAGAUUUUUGAUGGGGGGGAAAGCUUUAAAUUAAGAUGGUUUUGAAUUAUCCUGCACUGCAUGGGUGAGCAUAGCCUUCUUAUCUGCUGCCAACAGGAGGCCUAGCAUAGUAGCCCAUUGACAGCUUCCUCCUUCUGAGCUUAGACAGCGCUGAUAUAAUCGCUGACUCGGGCCAAUUUUAAUACCGUUUGUGGGCUUUGUAUCUGCUCUGUUAAACAGGUGCCUUUCAAUUGGGUUGGCCGAGACAUGUUUAUGAGGACUGACAGGAUGGAUAAAGAGGAACGGUAUUAGUGAAAAAGCAACGUUUUGCACAUGCUGGAUGGGGAAAUGUGGGUUUCACUGUAUUUUAACAGAGCAGAAAGUGUAGAGGCUGAAAAAAAAUUACACGAUUUAAGUUCCAUUUUAUAGGCAAGGGCGU